GGCUGGCGGCGCCGGGGGCGCGCAGGGAGCGCGCGGCCCCGAGCGAGGGAAGGAGGGGCCGGUGACAGUGUGGAGCGAUUGCCAGCGUCCGCGCCCCGGGAGCGGCCGGACGGAAGAGAAGGUUCGCCAGACGCCGGUCGGCUGCCUGACCCUUCGGACUCAACCCCGAGCCGAGCGGCCGCGGCUUCUGGUUGGUCGAGGAGACGCUGCGGGCCCCCUCAGGAAGAUGUUUAACGUGGAAUCGGUGGAGCGGGUGGAGCUGUGCGAGAGCCUGCUCACUUGGAUCCAGACCUUCAAUGUGGCUACACCAUGCCAGACCGUGGAAGAUUUAACGAAUGGCGUCGUGAUGUCCCAGGUUCUGCAGAAGAUAGAUCCUGCAUAUUUCGAUGAUAAUUGGCUAAACAGAAUCAAAACUGAAGUAGGAGACAAUUGGAGAUUGAAGAUUAGCAAUCUAAAGAAAAUUUUAAAAGGCAUCUUGGACUACAAUCAUGAGAUUUUAGGACAGCAGAUUAAUGAUUUUACCCUUCCUGAUGUGAACCUUAUCGGGGAGCAUUCUGAUGCAGCAGAGCUCGGAAGGAUGCUCCAGCUCAUUCUAGGCUGUGCUGUGAACUGUGAACAAAAGCAAGAGUACAUCCAAGCCAUUAUGAUGAUGGAAGAGUCUGUUCAGCAUGUCGUCAUGACAGCCAUUCAAGAGCUAAUGAGUAAGGAGUCUCCUGUCUCUGCUGGAAAUGAUGCCUAUGUUGAUCUCGAUCGCCAGUUGAAGAAGACUACAGAAGAACUAAAUGAAGCUUUGUCAGCAAAGGAAGAAAUUGCUCAACGAUGCCAUGAAUUGGAUAUGCAGGUUGCCGCACUGCAAGAGGAGAAAAGUAGUUUAUUAGCAGAAAAUCAGAUAUUAAUGGAGCGACUCAAUCAGUCUGAUUCUAUAGAAGAUCCCAAUAGUCCAGCUGGAAGAAGACAUCUGCAACUUCAGACUCAACUAGAACAGCUGCAAGAAGAAACAUUCAGACUAGAAGCAGCCAAAGAUGAUUAUCGAAUACGUUGUGAGGAGUUAGAAAAGGAAAUCUCAGAGCUUCGGCAGCAGAACGAUGAACUAACCACUUUGGCAGAUGAAGCUCAGUCUCUAAAGGACGAAAUAGAUGUUCUCAGACACUCUUCUGAUAAAGUAUCUAAACUAGAAGGUCAAGUCGAAUCUUAUAAAAAGAAGCUGGAAGACCUUGGAGAUUUGAGGCGGCAGGUUAAACUCUUGGAAGAAAAGAAUACGAUGUACAUGCAGAACACUGUCAGUCUGGAGGAAGAAUUAAGAAAAGCUAAUGCUGCCAGGGGUCAGCUUGAGACAUACAAAAGACAGGUUGUAGAGCUGCAAAAUAGAUUAUCUGACGAGUCAAAGAAAGCAGAUAAGUUAGAUUUUGAAUAUAAGCGGCUAAAAGAAAAAGUUGAUGGUCUUCAGAAAGAAAAGGAUAGGUUAAGAACGGAAAGGGAUUCUCUGAAGGAAACCAUUGAAGAGCUGCGUUGUGUGCAGGCUCAGGAGGGGCAGCUCACCACUCAAGGGUUAAUACCUCUGGGAAGCCAGGAGUCUUCAGACAGCCUUGCAGCAGAGAUUGUCACACCUGAAAUCAGGGAGAAACUUAUUCGUCUUCAGCAUGAGAAUAAGAUGUUAAAAAUCAAUCAAGAAGGUUCAGACAAUGAGAAAAUUGCCUUAUUGCAGAGCCUUCUAGAUGAUGCAAAUCUACGCAAGAAUGAGCUGGAGACGGAGAACAGGCUUGUGAAUCAGAGACUUCUAGAAGUACAGUCACAAGUAGAAGAACUGCAAAAAUCUUUGCAGGAUCAAGGUUCAAAAGCAGAAGAUGCUAUUUCAGUUCUUCUAAAAAAGAAGCUUGAAGAACAUCUAGAGAAGCUGCAUGAAGCCAACAAUGAAUUGCAGAAAAAGAGAGCCAUUAUUGAAGAUCUUGAGCCGCGAUUUAACAACAGCUCCUUAAGAAUUGAAGAAUUGCAAGAAGCUUUACGAAAGAAAGAAGAAGAAAUGAAGCAAAUGGAAGAACGCUAUAAAAAAUACUUAGAGAAAGCCAAAAGUGUUAUCCGUACAUUAGACCCUAAGCAGAAUCAAGGAGCAGCACCAGAAAUACAAGCUCUUAAAAACCAACUGCAGGAACGGGACCGACUCUUCCAUUCCUUAGAGAAAGAAUAUGAGAAAACGAAGAGUCAGAGAGACAUGGAAGAGAAAUACAUUGUUAGUGCCUGGUACAAUAUGGGAAUGACUCUACAUAAAAAGGCGGCUGAAGACAGACUAGCUAGCACAGGCUCAGGGCAGUCAUUUCUGGCUAGGCAAAGGCAAGCAACCAGCACAAGAAGGUCCUACCCAGGCCACGUCCAGCCAGCCACAGCAAGGUAGAGAGGUCUCACCACUAGGAGUUUUUAAAAGCAUACUUCUGUUACAUAUAACAACAUUUCAGGAAAUUCAGCCAGCUUGUUUUAUUUCUCUCCUGUGUUAAUAAUUCUCACAUGAGGAUUUUUCUCUCUCUUGUAUCUUUUAGUUACUUUGUCCUUUACUUUAUGGUCUUUUCAGUUCCUUUUAAUGUGCCAAAAAUUUGUAAAUGUACAAUUAAAAGUGUUGUAUAAUAGUGUAAUACUUUUUCUUUGUAUGAAAAUGUCUUCUUCCCCAUUUAUGUGGGCUUUGUAAAGAAUCGGAUUUUCUGCCAAUAAUUGAUACACAAUUUAUAUUCUUUAUCGUGCCUACUGUGUUACCAUACUUUAUAAGAAUGUCUUUGUUUAAAGGGAAUUAAUCUUUUUAUGGUGUAUUAAUCUGUGUUUUUGAUUGUUUUCCAAAUGCACUUCAGAUAACUUAAAUAUUUACUGUACUAUACGAAGUGAUGUCAAAUGCACUUUUUGCAAAGACAAAUGCAUCGGCAGAGGUGCUAGUCAGACCUGUGGCACCGGGCAGGAUCACUCAGAGGGGAGAAAUUAAACUUAUUCUAAGGUCUGGAGUUCUUAUGUGAAAUUUCAUUAUUUCCUGCUGUAUUGUUUGCUGGCAGAAGUGAAAUGGGUGAAGAUGUUUGGGUAGAAAUUACAGAGGAUAAGAACUUGGCAGGACUUUUUUUCCUUCCUUUGGAAUACCUUAGUAACUAAGAAUCAGAUUCUAGCCAUGCACUUUUAAUUGCUCUCCACAAGUAAAAGAUUUAUUUUCAUAUAGGUAGCCUUAUCUUUGGGGCAGUUCUUUGACUAUGCCUCAUAUGUUUUAUAUAUUCUGUGAGCCUUUCCUUUUCUUAAUUAAUCUUGAUAGCUAACAUCUUAAUGCAAUUCAUUAACAUCAGUACAUGACUCUGUAUGUAAUGUUAUGACAGAGCUCUUUAUAGUUUUUCUUAACUCUACCUACAAGUCCAAGAAUUGGUAACAGGAGAGAUGUUCUUGGUAUUUCAUUGUUCAAAGUGCUUUCAUUGUAUGCCACAUUUAUUUACAUAGAUGAAUGUCUAUUAAGCAGUCAUGUGAAGUACUUUGUCUGUAUAAGGAAUUACAUAACUUUAAACUAUCAUUUAUUUGAAAGUAAUCUACCUUUGUCUUUUUCUAUAUUGAUUCAUGAAUUUGAUCCCAAAUUAUAUUGAAGGUUUCCUCUAGCCUUUUUCUUGUUCCAUACUAUAUUUUUUUUUUAAAGAAAAAAAUCUGAAAUUAGGUCAGAGGGUUCUUUAGUUUGCUUUUACAUAAAUCAUUUAAGUGGAAGAUGAUAUUUAUGGACUUGCUGUUUGUAAGUUCUGGUAUCAUUUAGUUCUGUAUAAAAGACAAAUAACUUUAACUCAACUUUAAUGUGAUGAAGAGUUUUCAGAAAUAUGCAAGUGCUACACUUUAACUCCCUUCUCUUUUUUAAGAAAAUUGACCUAAAAAUUCAUCCUGCAUGUUUUGUCUUAUUUUUGUAGACAGAGUCUUUAUGUAACACAGGCUGCCAUGAACACAUGAUCUUCUUGGAUUAUAAGCAUGAACCAACAUACUAAGCUCUUAGGAUUUUUUUUCCUUGAAAGGACAUUAUUCAUCAUUAAGCAUUUCUUUACAAAAAACCCUCACAGCACAUGUUGAAGCAUACUGUGAGGCAUCUGCCUGGGCAGACCAAAGUGGCAAGCCCAGGAGAUGGUGGAGAGUACUGCAUUAGGACAAUGCACUGUGGGAUUUCAGAUACUUGAGGUCUGCUUUUCUUUGUUUCAAGACAAUCUAGCUAUAUUACCCAGACCUGCCUCAAAUUCUUUGACUCAAGACCAUCUUCCUGCCUCUGCCUCCCAAAAGGCUGAGAUUAUGGUUUGUGCCACCAUGUCCACACAGUAGAUCAAGUUUGAAAAUAAAAGAAUAAAAAUUGGGGCCAGCACAAUGGCUCAACUGGAAGAGUAGCACUGCCGCCAAGCCUGAUGACCUAAGCUCAAUUCCUGGGGCCCAGGUGAUGAGGGAGCAAGCAGCUCCCAAGGGUUGUCCUCUGGCCUCCACACUCACACAGAUGUAGGUGCACACACAAAUCACUAUGUUUUAAAUGUUUCUCACUCCACCUUUAGUUCACAGAAUAUCUGAGAUUCAACCAUUUUUAAAUCAAGUUAGUCUAUGAUUUCUACUCUUAACGAGAUUAUUGGUUGUUGAGGAAUUACACCUGUAGAAUAAAGUGAAUGUGAAUAUGAGAGACUCUAGGAGCUCCUCUUCAACUAGAUUUUAUAUCGGAGGUAAAAACACCUCACUGUUUUGAUCUUUAUUUUCUACUUACCUGCCCUCGCCAUGAACAUACUCACCUACCCAGACACUUCGGGUAGAUGUUUUGGAAAGGCCUCAAGCUUACAGAGGAAGUUUAGCUUCUGGUUUUUGUUUUUUGUUUUUGUUUUUUUUCAGCAUCUGUUUUGUGCUACUUUCAGUGUUUGUAGCCUUCACUGUUGUUUGCUCUGACUUUAAUGUUUGGUGGAUUUCCCUCAGUGAAUGGGAGAAAUAUCACUCAUGAUAUUUCAAAAUCAAAUAAAACAUGCUUUCAUAAGAAA